GAAAACUUUGCUCUCAAACUACUGCUAAACUGUUGUGAUAUGAGAUGUGGAUCAAUGNGUAGUUUUAGUGACCGGCAGUAGUUCGGGCAUCGGUGAGGGUAUCGCCAAACUAUUCUCCAUAUUAGGGGCCAAUGUUGUGGUCACCGGUACGACAGCCGCCAAAGUAGAGAGAGUGGGGAAAGAGAUACAAGAUUUGUCACCAAAGAAACUAAAGCCAUUCGAAGUGGUCGGAGAUCUCACCAAAAGUGAUUUCAUCCACACUUUGGUCGCAGACACUGUCAAAACAUUUGGUAAAAUAGACGUAUUAGUGAACAACGCCGGCAUAUAUCCCGAGACAAACAUCACUCAAUCAGACGUAAUGCAAGUCUGGGAUCAGGUCUUUGCCAUUGACUUGAGAGCAGUCGCCGAACUGAUCCACGAAUCGGUUCCAUAUCUGGAGGAAACUAAUGGCACUAUCAUUGGUAUCUCGAGUAUCGAUGGCAUCGCACCUAAUGUCUAUGGGUUGGCCUACUCACCCGCAAAGGCGGCCCUGGAUAUGUUGACUCGAGUACUGGCUCUACAGUUGGGCCCAAAAGGCAUUCGUGUCAACAGUUUAAAUCCGGGUGCUAUUAAUGUCGGAAAAUGGGUCUCAAAUGAAGAUCACCCACCGUUGGGACGGGACGGACAGCCGCUAGACAUCGCCAAAGGGGUGGUAUUCCUGGCCUCAAGCGACGCCUCAUUCAUAACCGGCGCUAAUCUGGUGGUCGACGGCGGGCUUAUCUAUAAAUCAGGAUAACUAUAUGCUUGAUCAAAUUAACCGAAAUAAAAAUAACCUUGAUACAAUAAGUGUUAAAAUAAA